AGAGAGAGAGAGAGACAGUAGUGAGCAGCAACACAUUGGUGAGAACGGGGAAGCAGGCGCGCGGCCCGGGGACCCGCCGGAAGAAGCAGCAGCAGCAGCUUCAGCGCGAGCUGGACGCAGACCGACACAAACACCGGCAGCACGAGCGACACCGAGGCGGUCAGAGGGGCGGAGAGGAGGUGGAGGAGGAGGCACAUGUAUCGCGACUCAUUCUCCCCCGCUGCCUCCAUCGUGUCUCCCUCUCUGUCGUCGCUCUCCUCACCCCUCGUUCCUCUCGGACCGCCGCCGCCGCUUCCUCGUUAAGAUGGCUGACCCCAGCAGCGACGGAGAGGUACCGGAGAGCGCGCGCGGCUUCGCCCGUCAGGGAGCCCUCCGCCAGAAGAAUGUGCACGAGGUGAAGAACCACAAGUUCAUCGCGCGCUUCUUCAAGCAGCCUACCUUCUGCAGCCACUGCACGGACUUCAUCUGGGGCUUUGGGAAACAGGGAUUCCAGUGCCAAGUGUGCUGUUUUGUGGUCCAUAAGCGCUGUCAUGAAUUUGUCACCUUUUCCUGUCCGGGGGCCGACAAGGGACCUGCCUCCGACGAUCCUCGUAGUAAACACAAGUUUAAGGUCCACACCUACUCUAGCCCGACCUUCUGUGACCACUGUGGCUCCCUCCUCUACGGGCUGAUACACCAGGGCAUGAAAUGUGACCACUGUAUGAUGAACAUCCACAAGCGGUGUGUGGCCAACGUCCCGAGUCUGUGUGGGACAGAUCACACUGAGAGGAGAGGACGCAUCCAAAUCUCUGCUCACAUCGCUGAGGACAAGCUCACCGUCACCAUCAAAGAGGCUAAAAACCUGGUGCCCAUGGACCCCAAUGGCCUGUCAGACCCCUACGUCAAACUCAAGCUGAUCCCAGAUCCCAAGAGUGAGAGCAAGCAGAAGACCAAGACCAUCAAAUGUUGCCUCAACCCCACCUGGAACGAGACCUUCGUUUUCAACCUAAAAGAAAGUGACAAGGACCGCCGUCUGUCAGUGGAGGUCUGGGACUGGGAUUUGACCAGCAGGAACGACUUCAUGGGAUCUCUGUCCUUUGGGAUCUCAGAGCUACAAAAACAAGGGGUAGAUGGAUGGUUUAAGAUGCUGUCUCAGGAGGAAGGGGAAUACUUUAAUGUUCCUGUGCAGCCGGAGGGAGAGGAAGGUAACGAGGAGCUGCGACAAAAGUUUGAGAGGGCGAGAGUGGGUCCAGGGAAGCCCACAGACUCUUCUUCCUCCUCCUCGGUGUGCAAGUAUGACAGCAAUGGCAAUCAGGACCGGGUCAAGCUCUCCGACUUCAACUUCGUCAUGGUUUUGGGCAAGGGGAGCUUUGGCAAGGUGAUGCUGGCCGAGAGGAAGGGUACAGAUGAGUUGUACGCCAUCAAAAUCCUGAAGAAGGACGUGGUGAUCCAGGACGAUGAUGUCGAGUGCACCAUGGUGGAGAAGAGAGUCCUCGCUCUCUCUGGAAAACCACCUUUCCUCACUCAGCUGCACUCCUGUUUCCAGACCAUGGACCGAUUGUAUUUCGUCAUGGAGUAUAUAAAUGGAGGAGAUCUUAUGUACCAGAUCCAACAGGUCGGCAAGUUCAAGGAGCCUCAUGCUGUGUUCUAUGCUGCAGAGAUUGCCAUUGGACUCUUCUUCCUUCAUUCCAAAGGCAUUGUGUAUCGAGAUCUGAAGCUGGACAACGUGAUGCUGGACUCUGAAGGCCAUAUAAAGAUAGCUGACUUUGGCAUGUGCAAAGAGAACAUGUAUGAUGGAAUUACCACAAAGACAUUUUGUGGAACACCAGAUUACAUCGCUCCAGAGAUCAUAGCUUAUCAGCCCUAUGGGAAGUCUGUGGACUGGUGGGCCUUUGGAGUGCUGCUCUAUGAAAUGCUUGCUGGACAGCCGCCUUUUGACGGGGAGGAUGAAGAUGAGCUGUUCCAGUCGAUCAUGGAGCAUCAUGUCUCUUACCCUAAAUCCAUGUCCAAAGAAGCUGUUGCAAUCUGCAAGGGGCUCAUGACCAAGCACCCAGGUAAGCGUCUGGGCUGUGGUCCAGAGGGCGAGAGAGACAUCAAGGAACACGCCUUCUUCCGCUAUAUAGACUGGGAAAAACUGGAGAACAAAGAGGUCCAGCCGCCUUUCAAACCUAAAGCUUGUGGGCGUGAUGCGGAGAACUUUGAUCGCUUUUUCACACGCCACCCCCCAGAGCUGACCCCCCCAGAUCAGGAGCUUAUAGCCAACCUGGACCAGGAAGAAUUCCAAGGCUUCUCAUUUGUUAACCCUGAGUACCCUCACACAACUCACUGACCAUGCCACAUAUCACUGGGCUGCACUAGUAAUCCCCCACACCUCGGAAACAUGCAUUAAAAAAAUUCAUAAAAAUACAAAAAUCACCAUGAUGUCAUAUCCAGGCUGCAUUCGGCAGGGUUGAAACGUUAAAGGAAUAGUUCAUGUUUUGGGAAAUACGCUUAUUCGCUUUAUAUUUUAAGAGUUGGAUGAAAAUAUAGAUAUUAACCUUGUUGUCUGUGCAUGAAGUACAGAGCUGGAGACAGAAGGUUAUUAGCCUAGCUUAGCAUAAAGACUGGAAGCAGGGGGAAACAGCUAGCCUGGCUCUCUUCAAAGAUUAAAAAAAAGACACUUGAACCUCUAAACAUGUUCUAUCUAGUUUAUUUAAAAAAAAAAAAAACAUAGUUACACUAUAUAACUGCUCCUAAAGUCGGGAAAUUUUAGAGUCACAUGACAGACGGACACAGCUGAAGGCAUCAGUAAACUACUUUUUGUUAGUGUGUCUAUUGGUAGCGCAAGAAGUUUGUCAGGGAUAAAGCACAAAAAAACAACUGCCUUUUGAAAAGUAAAAAAAUCUCCACAGCAAAGGAAAAAAAUCUGUCACGCUUGUAAAUCUUUUUCUGUUUAGUUUUUACAGCAGCAGCCUACCUUAUCACUGUGAUUCAAAUGAUUCCCAUCAUCCUCAGCUGUACUUGGUGCUUGGUCGUAAUUAGUAAAUAACAAAGAUGGUGAACGUGGUCAACAUUAUUAACCUAUUUAAUCUGCCAAACAUCCGCAUGUUAACUUUAUCAUUUUGAGCGUGUCAGCAUGCUGAUGUCAGCAUUUAGCGCAGAGCACCACUGUGCCUACACACAGCCUCACAGAGCUGCUGUGUCUUGUCAGAUUCUUUAAUGUGAAGGUCUGUCGCGCAGCAAAAGACUUGCACCAGUUAAGAGCUUGCAACAACCAGUCGUAGUAAGCCAGCCGUAAGCAUGCUAGCAGAUUAGCUCACUAGUGGUAAUCUAGUGCGGCUACCUCCUGCGGGUCAUUGCAGGUCGCACGAAAGUCUGCUCUGUAAAAAUGUGUCUCUGUGUGUGGAUUAAACAAAUAAGAUAAAAUGUCUUAAUUAGUAAACUAGUUCUGGUUGCUCUAUUUUUCAGGAGAGGUGGUUCCCCUGGUUUCCAGUGUUUAUGCUAAUUGUCUCCUGGCUCCAGAACUGUACCUAAUGCACAGUCAUAAGAGUGAUAUCAAUCCCAUCGAGAUAUAUAUAUAUAUAUGUAUAAAGAUGGACGACAUGACAGCUCUCCUAAAGUGAGGCCAAAACACCUUGAUCGCCCCCUGGUGGCUGACUGUCGAAUAGGGUAUAAAGCCUGUUGCCUCCUUCUUAGCAGAUAAAAUCAAAAUACACGUCAAAUAUUUUUUUCCCAAAGAAGGUUUCUGUAAUUUUAUGUAGUUCAUGUAGUUCUUAUCACACUGAAGUAAGUUGAAGUGUGUUCCAACUGGUUUGGUUUAAAUUAGUUAGCCUAUUUGAAGCUAUAAAAAGGGGGUUUCACGUCAUUAUUGACAGACGAGCCCAGUCCUUGAGGCGGGACAUGGAUACCACGCCACGUUCACUACCGCACAGUUUCUGGCUCCGAAAUAACGUAAUCAGCGCAACAUGGCAGCGACCGUAUCUGGGAUAUUUUGGCUUCAUCCGUCUUUUCUAUGUCGAUGAUCAAUCCAACUUCUGGAAAGAAAUCCAAAUAAGCGUAUUUUCUCAAAAUGUCAAACUAUUUCUUUUCCAUAACGUUCAGAUGGAAAUGCAGACAGGUGCUCAAAUGCUAACAAUCAGGAGAAAUAAUCAGAUAGUCUUGUGUCAAGUUGCCAGUAGGACCUAGAUUUGUUUUCAGUUUACUUUGGUUUAGCGUGUCAUGUUACACUGCUGCUCUCAUAUCAGCUCUGCUGGCUGUAUUUCUAUCUUUUAGUGCAGAAUUGUUGCUCCUGAAUGCUGCCCGGCUGCUCACACCAGCAGGUUCACGUUGGAAUCCGACCUCAGGGCCGACCUGAACCUGCUCUGUCUCUGUGUCACCCUCCCUGUAAUUGCAUAUUGACUAUGCCGACCUAUCAGUGAUAUUGAUGAGUGUACUAUGAUCACAUAUUGGUAAUAUUCAUACAGUGUAAGUGAAAACUGACCAAUUGCUUUGCUAUGAUUGUUUGAGUACUAAUCAGUUUCCUAAUGUUGACUUUACUUUUGUCUAUAGGACCAAAUACUUCUACACUUUAUGUUCAGUCAGUGUUGUGGUGAGCUUUUUUUGCUGAUUUAAUUUUUAACCAGUCAGAGGAUAGAAGUCUUAAUACAGGCAGUCUGCAAGAGCCUACGUCAAUUUAGUGAUUUUUGACUAAAAGCUCAUUAUUUUUCUCCUGAUUCAUUACUGAAAACAUUCACCACAUUACACUGUGUUUUUAAUGACAGAGGGCAUAUCUCUUAGCUUGUAAACAAACAUUUUUGGAGGAUUUUACAUAUGACGAAGCCCUGCCGAGUCUCGUGAAGGUGGUAGUUUGUUAGCUUACAAAAACAGGAUGUCCAAAAGUGCCAAAAUAGGGUUCAGAGUAACGAGGAUGUAGAAAGCUAUUGUCCUCAAUAACUGUGAUGAAGGGCAGCCAUCUUGUGCCAUUUUGCAGUACAUGUAUAAUUAUUAGAAUAUGCAUUAUAGCUUAUCUGUUCUCCAACAAUACAAUACCCUUGGAAAAUCAUUUUCAUGUAUAAAAUGAAUUGUCUGAGAAGACGUGUGUUUCAUUGUGAGGCAGGUUGUAUUAUCCUUUUGUAACUGUGUAACGAUGCAGGUUAGUAACAAUGUGUCAAAUCUUGUUCUUUGAGCUCGUAUCAAAAAGGGAGGCGGCAGCGUGGUGACACCUCAGAUUGGUUUCUGUUAUACAAAGAUGCUCGCUGAUAAUGACGACGAUUCUGCCAGGGGGGAUUUAAAAAAAAGAAGCAAGCACUUAUUGUGACGAUGGUAAUGGUGAUGAAUCGAUGGUGACUUAAGAGAUAUUAUAGAGAUAAAAAAAAAAAAUAUAUAUAUAUAUAUAUAUAUCGAGUUCUAUAUCAGAGAGAUAUUUGGAUAAAUUGUUCUGGAUGAGAGAGAUGCUCCUGUGGAUUGUGUAAUUGUCCUGUAUGACUGGAAACUGAUAAUAUACUCACUGGUGCCUACCAGACUCCCUC